UAGUUUACAUCUCUGGCGAGCGAACGUCGCCCCAUGCAGCGCUAACCGAGCAAGUCAUUGCGCUACAAUCACAGCCGGUCGAGAAGCCGGGAGUGUGUGUGUUUUGGACCGUCCUUCACCCGAGCGCUCGCGUCUGGCCACACGUCACGCCACGGGACCGACCGUAUGUGUCAGUGUUUGGCUUUCGGAGCGCGUUGGUCUCGUGAAGCCGUGCGAAAAGUAGCGAAAGAUGGCCACCGUCACCGUGCUGACCGUGCACGGACGCCGCCAGACGGUCAAGGUGGAACCGAACAUGACCAUCCUGGAGAUACUGGAAACGGUCUGCCGUAAGUACAACUUCCCGCAGGACGAGUACGACCUGCUGCACCAUAACAAGGUGCUCGACCUCUCCACCAUGUACCGGUUCGCCGGCAUCCCGAACAAUGCGCUGCUCGAGAUGGCGAAGGCGAAGCGGGCCCGCGUCGAGGACGACGUGGUGGUGCAGCUGCAGCUCGAGGACGGUACGCGCACGGCGAACGGCACGUUCAAGCCGUCCCAGUCGCUGCUGGACGUGCUGGUGGCACUCUGUCCCGCCCGGGCCACUGCCGAGUCGCACCCGGUGCUGGUGUAUAUGCGGCGGGAGGUGUACUGGGGCCAGCUGCCCGCCACCACGCUCAAAAGCCUCGGGCUGACGCGCGGCCGGGCGGCACUGCGGCUGCUGCAGCGCCGGGCCGAAGAGCCCAAGCAGCAAGCGAACGUGUCCGCCCCGUUGCCACCGGUGGUGCCAGCCCGAAACGACGCCAAACCACCAACGACCACCGUCACCACCAGUGCUGUGCCUUCGGCUACCGGCUCGAGCGAACUGCCGAACGUGGCCAAACCAACGAUCGAUCCGGCCGAGGAGAAGCCGGUCUCCGUCGUCCCGCAAGCGGAACCGAUCGAAGCGGAGGGAAAGGCGGAACCGGCGGAAAAGAAAGUGGCCGUCGAGCGGCCGGACGAGCCCAAGGCUGGCGAGCAAGCGGUUGAGGAAGCGGUGCCGGAAAGGCCACGCCCGGAGGCGCGAAUUGUGGUGCUGGGCGACCGGGACGCGGUGCUGUUCCACGCGUCGACCGCCGAGCGGGACCAGACCGAGGUGGCGGACUCGUUCUUCGACCUGACCGUGCCGGAGAUGAUGCAGCUGUACAAGCAGCUGCAGGAGCGGGUGAAAUCGCUCGAGGACGCACCGCUGCUGACCGGCGAGCUGCGCGAGCUCGAGCGCAACCAGCAGCUGCUGAGCAGCAUGGGCCGGUACCGGCAGGCGGUCAUUCGCGUGCAGUUCCCCGACCGGCACAUCCUGCAGGGCGUCUUUCAGGUGUACGAAACGGUCGGGCACGUGGUGGAGUUUGUGCGCGGCUAUCUGGCCGACCCGAACCAAUCAUUCUGCUUGUAUACUACACCGCCGAAGGUGGUGCUGCAGCCCACGGCCUCCCUGCUCGAUGCGGGCUGCUUUCCCCAGGUCCUGCUGCACUUCAGCACGGCUGAUCAAACGGCCACCGGGGACAGUAUGGCCGCGGCCUCGACCAGCUUCGCGCUACGGUGCGACCUGCUCGGCCAGCUGUCGAACGCAACCGGUGCGGCCGUUGUAGCGGCACGAGCAAAGCGAAACGCGACCACCGUCGACACGACCACCGCCACCACCACCACCAACACCAGCAUGGAGGCCAGCAGUAGCGGCACCACGGCAAUGGAAAGCAGCUCGCACGAGACGGUCCCGGCCGGUCCAUCGAACCGCAUACCGAACCGCAACUUUAGACAAUCCGCAUCCGCUUCCAGCCAAGCGACCAGUGAGCGGGAAGCAAAGAUAUUGAAGUUUUUGAAAAAGUAGGAGACGCUAUUUAUUUCGCAGCUCGCAAGUUGUCACCGACACAUAGGCACACACACUGCUGCUGUUGUUGUUGCACUGUGUUCGUGUAACUAAUUAUCUUUCCAAAUUUCCGUUUCAUGCUUAUAACCCUAGCCGCAAAAUUGAAGAUUUCCGACGUCCGGUUUAAGAGGUUACUCGACCAAGCGAUUUUUUUUAGACGGGUUUUAUGGGAAAAAUUGUGGCAGAUUUCCCAGGGUUGUUGUAUCGAAUAGCAGCCACAAAAAAUAUAUUUUAUGGAUGGCUUUAAAAAUAUGAAUCUUGCCCUCCCCCUUACUCCUUGCUGGUCGGUAGUUGCGAUCACACCAGCUGUUCAUAUCCCUAUCCGCAAAAGGCGAUUUUCGCCGCGAUUUACGACCUAGCGAAAACGUUUUUUUUUUUUCACAAUUUGUAUGGAGCGAAGACACACACCCAAAUUAUGGUCACAAAUUAUGGAUGGGAAGAUUAUGGUUCUGACUUCUGUUUCACUCUCGCUCACAGACGACGAUCUCCUGUCGCAUUCUCACAAUCCCAUCGGCUCUACGGUUUGGUCGUUGCUGCUCUUUCUCGCACGUGAGGGAGUUUUCUUUCUCCUUGUUUUUCCCGUGUGUGGCAUUGGUUGCGAACGAUCAGUAUCCUCGUGAUCCGUUAGUUAGUUAAAGGUAAAUUGCUAGAAGCAAUAGCUCUGGCACACCAAAUGCUGUACCAAUUCGUGCCCGUUUAUUUGCCACAUUGUACGGAAAACGUUUUGUGACUAGCACCGCAACACAAUCUAGUAACACAGCCCGGCCUUUGAUCAUGAAUAAUAAAAAAAUAACCUUAGGCACAUGUA